CUUGACUCAUAGCCUCGCGCCUCUCCAACCCGGCAAGUCAUUUACCACCAUAGAGCCGCCGCCGACGAUCUUGGUACUUGAAUCCGUCCAAGCCGGUUGUCGAAACUCGCCAUAGGCAUAUACAAACUUGAGAAAGGUUGUCUUUGCUGGGCUUGUUGAUUCUGCUACACACAAAAUCGCACGAGGUUGCUGGCGACCCCAGUUGUUCCGAUCGUACCCGCCAACUAGGUACCUAUCAUUUCUUAUAUUUUUCUGAAGCCGCUGUAUUUCAAAAAGCGCAUCGCGACAGCAACCUUGACUUGGAUUCGUCGCUACGUUGUCGAGUAUCUCGGACAGGGUAGCUAUGGAAGGUGUACAGACCCCGGCACUCCAGCCAACUGCUGCGACGAGACCUCCUCGGGGUCGUCAGCCUCGGGGAAGCCGAUCUUCUAGGGCCCGAGGGGGACGCCAUCAUCACAACCAGCAGCAUGCUCCUAACGGAACCCAAGUCGUCACCACCCCGAAUUCUGCGGCACCGGAUUCCUCUCCUGCUGCCGGAGGGCCUUUGGAUCCGAAUAGUCGGGGUGGGAGGGGAAGGCGAGGUGUCAGAGGCUCAAGGAGGGGAGGGGAUGGCAAUAGUCGCAGAGCUGCACUGGCUAGGCCACGGACUUUUGGCGGUCAUCUUACCGGUAACACUCGGGCUGAGAAUCCCGAGUCUGCAAGCUCGGCGGGCUUGGAUAUUGAUGCCCCCGAAUUUAUCCCGGGCCAGCCGCCGCCCGAACGUAGCGAAAACGCCUCUAGGAGACGACAAGUCUCGAGCAAGACUACGCGAGAAGCCCUGAAAUCCACUGCCGAGGAUCUCCCAACGAGGAUCCACGAAGACAUCAGCAGUGGGCAGUAUGAAUGCGUGAUAUGCACUAACGAAGUCUUGCGGAGCUCAAAAGUCUGGUCUUGCUCUAUAUGUUGGACCGUCACCCACAUGAGCUGCGUCAAGAAGUGGUUCUCUAAUCGGACAAUGAAUCCCGACCAGCAGCAGUUCAACUGGAGGUGCCCGGGAUGCAAUUCCACCAUGAUGGAUGAACCCAAUACCUACCACUGCUGGUGUGGCAAGGAGAUUAACCCCAAGUCAAUUCCCGGCCUUAGCCCUCACGGAUGUGGACAAACUUGUUCCAAUCCUAGAGGGACCUGUCCACAUCCGUGCCCCCUCGAGUGUCAUGCUGGCCCUUGUCCCCCAUGCACGCUUAUGGGGCCGUCUCAAUCCUGCUUUUGCGGCAAGCAUACAUCUACCAAGCGUUGCGGGGAGACCGAUUACGCUCACGGCUGGAGUUGUCAUGAGGUGUGCGGAGACCUGCUACCUUGUGGGGAGCACGAAUGCCAUCAGGAGUGCCACUCCGGCCUCUGUGGGAGCUGCGAGGUCCUAGUCUUCUCUCGCUGCUACUGCGGUAGAGAAUCCAAAAGCAUCCCUUGCGACCGGCGUGGUGAUAAGCUGGAGUCGUAUAAUUAUGCUCAGAUUCGUGCGGUAGAGGGCGAGCCGGAGAGCGACGACCUACCCGAAUCUUGGUUCUGGGGUUCCUUCGGCUGCGAGACUGUUUGCGGCAGGCCAUUUGACUGCCAAAAACAUCUCUGUAGGAGAGGAUGCCAUCCUCAAGACGAAAGUCCAGCUCGUUGUCCAUUUUCUCCUGACCUGGUCACCCACUGUCCAUGCGGCAAGACGCCGUUAGUGGAAGUCAGCGACCGGCCCAGAACGAGUUGUGAAGAUCCGAUCCCCAACUGCAAGAAGCUGUGCAACAAGCAGUUUUUGUGCGGGCAUUUCUGCCAGGAGACCUGCCACACAGGGCCUUGCAAGACGUGUCUUCAAAAGAUGGAAAUCACCUGCAGAUGCGGCCGGACGAAAGGCUUCUCAGUGUGCCACCAGGGAGUCAUCAGUGCCCCUCAAUGCAUGAGGAUCUGCCGUGCACAGCUCAACUGCGGGAGACACGAACAUGGCGAGCAUUGCUGCCCUGGAGAGAAGAAAGCGGCGGAGCGGGUGGCAGCAAAACGAAAGAAUAGAAACGCCAUCCUCGCAAACGACGAGGUCGAAGCCGAACACAUCUGUACCCGCACCUGUGGGCGGGAACUAAAAUGCGGGAGGCAUCAGUGCCAGCAAUUGUGCCACCGAGGUCCCUGCUCUUCUUGUCCUGAAGCCAUCUUCGAAGAGAUUAGCUGCAACUGUGGUCGAACCGUGCUCCAACCUCCCCAACCAUGUGGCACCAAAGCUCCGGCGUGCCAUUUCGACUGUAUAAGGCGGCGAUCGUGCGGACAUCCCCAGGUAUCUCACAGUUGUCACCCCGAUGAUGAUUUGUGCCCAAAGUGCCCGUUUCUCGUCGAGAAGCCAUGCAUUUGCGGAAAGAAAAGGCUCAAGAACCAGCCGUGUUGGUUUGAAGAGCCACGAUGCGGCUUGCCCUGCGAUAAAAAGCUCAAAUGCGGCACCCACACGUGCAAGAAGACGUGCCACCGGCCGGGCGAGUGUGAAGACGCCGACAUGGCAGGGUCUCGAUGCAAGCAACCUUGUGGGAAGAUGCGCAACUGUGGCCAUCUAGACACCGAACCGUGCCAUUCCCCAUCGCCUUGCAAGGAGGAUAAGCCUUGUACAGCAAAGACCUUCGUCACCUGUGAUUGCCAACGCAAGAAACAGGAAGUUCGGUGUAUGGCGACGAAAGCCAAUCCCUCACCUCGCCGGGAAUUGCUCAACUGCGACGACGAGUGCCUCCGCUUGCAGCGGAAUCGUCUCCUAGCAGAUGCGCUCAACAUCGACCCUUCAACCCAUACGGAUGACCACGUGCCAUAUUCGGACACGACGCUGAGGUUUUUUAAGGAGAGUCCCCAAUUCGCGCAAACAUAUGAGCGCGAGUACCGCGUUUUUGCCGGAGACCCAACGCAAAAAUCUCUUAGAUUCAAGCCGAUGAAGUCGUCGCAACGAGCGUUCCUCCACUCGCUGGCCGAAGAUUUCGGAUUCGACAGCGAGAGCGCGGACCCAGAGCCUCAUCGCCACGUUUGCCUCUUUAAGACCCCCCGGUUCGUAUCAGCGCCGAUGAAGACGCUCGCCCAGUGCGCAAAGAUCAGAGCAUCUGCCGCUGCAAGCCUCCUGGCGCAGCCGUCGGCAUUAGAUGGCAGGAACACAUCGACGGAGCAUCCGUACAACGCUCUUCUUUUGUUUGGUCCGCGCUUUGGACUGACGGUCGAGGAGUUAGAUGCUGCUCUACAACGAGAGUAUGCCGCGUACCCGGAUGUAAAAUUCCACACGAGUUUCCUACCUUCCGACGAAGUCGUCAUCAAGGGCGGCGGCGUGUGGACGCCACAGAUUCUCGAGUCUUCCUUGUCGUCGCUCAAACCUACUUUGUCGCAAGUAGUGCGGCGUCAAGAGCUCGCCAGCGGCGUCUCUCUGUGUCACGUAGACGAUUCGCUAAAUGUAUUGCGGCGGGAGCGGGACGCGGGAGGACAGAGGGAACAGGGAUGGAGUGCUGUCGUGAGCCGCUCUACUGGCCGAUCAAAACCAGCUGCCGCCACAGCUGCGCCGACGGUGCCGAUAAGCAGAAAUUUCGUCGCCCUUAAAAAGGAGCCGAAGAAGAAAGCCGAGGAGCAGCCUGUAGAGGAAGACUGGGAAAUAGCAGCGGAGAAGCUGGAUGAAGAGACAGCUACGACACCCGUGGCCUAAGAGGGCGCCGCAUUUAGAGUAAUAUGUCACUCGGUCUGUAACUAGAGAAGAAAGCACAUAAGGAGAGAUCAUAGACUAGAUCUAGAAAGGCCCAGGGUCUAGCAGCAUUGUGGCUCUUGACAAUAAUAAGGAAUGGCCUUCAGCAUGA